AUGUCUUCUGCGACUACCUUUUACGACUUUGAGCCCGUCGACAAAAAGGGCUCCCCCUUCCCCCUCACCGACCUCAAAGGCAAAGUCGUCCUCGUCGUCAACACCGCUUCCAAGUGCGGCUUCACGCCUCAGUUCCAAGGCCUCGAGAAGCUCUACCAGGACAUCAAGUCUAAGCACCCUGAAGACUUCACCAUCAUCGGAUUCCCCUGCAACCAGUUCGGAAGCCAGGACCCCGGAACCGACGACGAGAUCCAGUCGUUCUGCCAGAUCAACUAUGGAGUGACAUUCCCCGUGCUGGGCAAGUUGGACGUGAAUGGUGACAAGGCCGCGCCGGUGUGGACAUGGAUGAAGGAGCAGCAGCCCGGUCUGUUGGGGCUGAAGCGCAUCAAGUGGAACUUCGAGAAGUUCCUGAUCUCGGCGGAUGGAAAGGUUGUGGGUCGCUGGGCUAGUUUGACCAAGCCCGAGUCGUUGGAGGAGCCGAUUCUGAAGGAGAUUGAGAAGGCGAAGAAGGAGGGCUCGUUGGCUUCGUUGAAGAAGGAGGAGGCGACGGCUUAG